AGCGAAGUUCCUUUGUUGGCUGUAAGACUUGGCGCGCGUGGACAUUGCGUCCGCCAUAUGCAGGAGAGAGCGCUCUAAGGGUGGGGGGCAAGGACAAGGGAGUGCAAGAAGCACAGAGAGGACGAACAGGGCGAGGAGAAGGAGGGGAGGAGGAGGAACAAGAUGACCCCCAUAAAGGCGCUCCUGUUGGUGAUCAUUGCUAGCAGCUUCUGUGUAGCGACACGUGGCACCCCUUUAGCCAAUGGCGUGAAGUAUGGGAACAAGUUCUUCUGCUUUACCGGUUUCACUCAAUGUCCCAGUGGGAUCGAGCAAUGCAUUAAGACUGAAAGAGAAUGCGAUGGCGUGGAGGAUUGCCCCGACGGUUCAGAUGAAGGGACAUGGUGCGCGUACUUUGAUUGCCCCUCUGCCGGUAGAUACUACUGUCCAAGCGGAGCCAAUUUCUGCAUGAACAUCACGGACGCCAACGGCUCGCAGCGCCAUCCUUACCGAGACGCGUACAAGUACUACCUGUGCGACGGGGUGAGGGACUGCGCGGACGGCUCGGAUGAGGACCCCGGUUUUUGUGCGACGUACGACUGUGUGGCGAACGUGUCGCACGUCGCAUUCACGACCGAGUUUUACGGCUCGGUCCCGACGAGGGUGCGGUGUCCGGGUCCCGACACCAAGAAGAACGGUGGCUGCGCGUUGAAGCUGUGCGACGGUGUCGCAGAGUGCGCGGGGGGGAGCGACGAGAGCGAUAAGCUGUGUCAGCAGCGCGGCUGUGCGCGAUCCUCGGGAGUCAAUACUCUUUUCCAGUGCCGCAGCGGCCGAUGCAUAGACUGGAAUCUCAUCUGCGACGGCAAUCCCGAUUGUCCCCACGGCGACGACGAGGGAAGCUGGUGUGCGACGGCUGAGUGUCCCAAUCCCUAUGAGAGGGUCAAGUGCACAGGUGGCGACAACCAGACUUGCAUUCGCAAGGCCAGCCUGUGCGACGGUGUGCGCGACUGCCCAGCCUGGACGGACGAGGUCGGGUGCGACUUCUUUGAGUGCUUCUACGGCCACUGCCCAAGCGGGGUCUGCUCUUUGCAGGCGAUGAGCUUGUGCAACGGCAUUCGGGAGUGUCAAGAUGGCUCGGAUGAGGAUCCCGACUUCUGCAGGACGUAUAACUGCUCCGCCGGCAUGCGCAAGUGCAAGGAUGGGCGACAGUGCAUCUGGGACUGGUCGUUGUGCGACGGUCAGCAGGAUUGCCUGGACGGAUCCGACGAAGAUCCCGACUCCUGCGCGUCGCAGGAGGCAUGUCCGCGCACCAAGAUUCAAUGCCCUGGACAAGCGACAACGUGCAUCUACCCCAGCAGUAUCUGCGAUGGCAUAGAGGAUUGUCUUGAUGGCAGCGAUGAGAAUGCAACCUUCUGCGCGUCCAAAGAGGCGGAAAGGAUGAUGGAGGCCGGUUUCCGCAUUCGUUGCAAAAAUGGCACUGGGACGGAGAUCAUCUCAGGCUCCUACUGCGACGGCAAAGAAGAUUGUGCAGAUGGGGGCGAUGAAAACGAGAGCUUCUGCAAGAGUUACACGUGUCGCCCGGAAAUGGUCAAAUGUUAUGGCACCUGGUGUCUACCCGGAGGUAGAUGCGAUGGGGUAAGAGAUUGUCCCGACGGCUCCGACGAGGCCGGCUGCGGAAGAGUGUCAGCGCCCUUACCCCCCAGCGCUCCCCCCGCGAUCCCCUUGGUCGGCCGCGCUCCUUCCUCGAGCCCCUGAACAAGGCGGGGCGGGCGGGAUACAGCGUAGCGGACAGGCCGGGAUCAUCGAUGCGUCAGCGUGAGAGAGAGACUGCUCGUCUUUUCCUUCCGCUCCCUAUCUGUUGUCGCCGUCACUUCCCAUCACACGCAAUGGAAAGCUGGAGGGAAACAGGGAGGACGUGAUGAAGAUGAAGUGGAAGGAUUGUGGACGCCGCGUCCCGGCUACAAGAUUGAGAGAAUAGUAAUAUUUCCGAAUAAUAAAUUUGAUGAUUUCUAGAAAGAGAAAAAAAAAUAAAACGAAAAGAUGGAG